AUGAUCCAUGGCUCCAAAGAAGCUGAAAAAUUCCGCCCCCUCGAAGCACCAGUGCCUGGAGCUGUGAAUGGAAACUCUGCCAUCUUCUCAACAACCGGGGAGGUCAACCUCUACUUUGACCCUACUACUUUCGGGACUGAGGCACCAACCUUCUACGCGGACUGCGAGGGGAUGAUGGGGACCGAGCCGCUCGCGGCCCAACAUCAGAAAGAGUGGGCAAGACAGGGGAAAAGAUAUCCUGUUGCUGCGAAGGACGGUAAAUACAUGGAUCGUCGUACUGCUGUCCAGAGUCUCUAUCCUCGGUUCCUGUACAUCUUCAGCGAUGUCGUUUGCUACGUUACAAGAAAUCAUAAAACCUGGGCGGACUCUGCCCUCCGACUGCUUGAGUGGUCCAUGAUUGGCGCACAAAACACCAUCAACCAACAUGCACUUCCGGCCCUAAUCAUUAUCUUAAAUGGACCGACAUUGGAAAAUGAAGAAUGGCUCUCUGGGCAUCCCGACGCUGCCACAGAGGACUUUUUCUCCGCUAUCGAGAAGGAAAUUAGUGAAAACAACUACUUGCGAAAUCUAGCAAACAAGACCAAGAAGCUUGCGCACCGAAUUCGUAAGGAUUCACAACGUGUACAGUCAAUGAGAGCCGAUUCCUGGACCAGGUUCGACACCCGACAGCUAUCCUUGAUUGGCCAUUACGCCUUCACUCAUCUAGCAUCCGGCAACACCGACCCAUUCGAUUUCGGCCAGUGUAGGCAACAAGUAUCUAUCCCUGAAUCCACAGAAGAGCACUUUUCAGAGGCUCUUAGCUACUGCCUGGAAGGUCAUAUAGCGGAAAAGUUCCAAGCCGCUGGGAAAGUUUUGGCCUCGAAUCUACUAAGACAAACAAUUAAGGAGGAGAAGAAGAGUUAG